AUGUUACGCCGGACCCCUGGCUUUAGUAGCCAGUUUCACACGGGAUCCAGGGCUUGUUUCCCUGGAGUUCCAAAAUUGGUGCAAUUGGCCGAUAAGUGGAAGCAUAAAACGAUUGAAGGCCUUCCUGCACUUGCUAGAGAUGAUAGAGACAAGAAUAUUUACAUUCUGUCACAAUUUCCUUAUCCCUCAGGGGUACUACACAUUGGACACUUGAGAGUCUAUGCGAUAAGUGAUGCUCUGAAUCGUUUUUAUCAGCAAAAGGGCUACGAUGUUCUUCAUCCAAUGGGAUGGGAUGCCUUUGGUCUUCCAGCUGAGAAUGCCGCCAUUGAGAGACAGAUUGAUCCUUCUGAGUGGACCACUCAAAACAUUGCAAAAAUGAAGGAUCAGAUGAGUAAAAUGUUGGCUAAUUUUAAUUGGGAUAAAGAAUUGACAACUUGUAGUCCUGAUUAUUACAAGUUCACACAAAUGAUCUUCUUGAAGUUAUUUCAACACAAUCUAGCAUACCAAAAGGAGGCUGAGAUUAAUUGGGAUCCUGUCGACAAGACCGUCUUAGCGAAUGAACAAGUGGAUACUCAAGGUCGCUCUUGGCGUUCAGGAGCGAUAGUCGAGAAACGUUUAUUGAAACAAUGGUUCUUGGGUAUAACAAAGUUUGCGCAAGAUUUAAAGGCUGAUUUAAGACAUCUUGAUGGUUGGCCAUCGAAAGUGAAAAGUAUGCAAAGAAAUUGGAUUGGUCAAUCAGCAGGCGCCGAACUAGAGUUUGCUACCAAUGAUCCAGGCUUUCCAAGCAUUAAAGUUUUCACAACUCGAGCAGAGACUCUAUUUAGUGUUCAAUAUGUCGCUCUAGCGCUUGAUCAUGAGCUGGUAAGAAAACAUGUCACAUCUAAUGCCCUUCUACAUUAUUUCAUCGAGGAGGCAAAGUCCUUCCCAGAAAAUUCGAAGAAGGGCUUUAUGCUAAGCGGAAUUAAACUAAUCAAUCCUCUUACAAAACAAGAGAUACCUGUUUUUGUGGCGCCAUAUGUUCUGAGUAGCUACGGUCAUGGUGCAGUGAUGGGAUGUCCAGCCACUGACGAUCGAGAUUAUCCUUUUGGUCAUGAGAACGCAGCUGAAGAGUCAAUUGUAAGGUGUCUCGAUCCAUUACCUGGCGGAGAUUCGUCUGACCUUCCAUUUACAUCGCCAGACGCUGUAAUGGGUGAGAAUACUGGCGAAUUUCGAGGGCUCUCCUCUGUUGAGGCAAGACGAAAAAUUGUCAGCAAGUUAACAUCCCACGGUCAGGCGAAGCAAAUCACUCAGUAUAGGCUAAGAGAUUGGCUCAUCAGUCGACAACGUUAUUGGGGGACACCGAUUCCUAUUAUUCAUUGCAAUGAUUGUGGACCUGUUUCGGUUCCAGAGAAAGAUUUACCAGUUUUACUCCCCAAAGUAACAGGGCUCAAGUCAAAGGGAAACCCACUAUCUCAAAUGCCUGAGUUUGUUAACGUAUCAUGCCCUGAAUGUGGGAAACCAGCUAAAAGGGAGACCGACACUAUGGAUACAUUUAUGGACAGCUCAUGGUAUUUUUUCCGAUACACCGAUCCACAUAAUAGACGAGAACCGUUUAGCUACGAAAACGCAACUAAAAGAAUGCCCGUGGACCUCUACAUUGGUGGUGUGGAACACGCAAUAUUACAUUUACUGUAUUCGCGGUUCAUUGCGAAGUUUUUGGGCUCAAUUGGGAUGUGGGAUGGAAGCAAACUUUUCAAUGAGCCCUUUAAGCGUUUGAUCACUCAGGGAAUGGUUCAUGGAAAAACAUACUCUGAUCCUAAGACUGGUAAAUUUUUGAAGCCAAGCGAACUGAGCCGCACGAACGAUCCUGAUUCGCCAGUCUCAAUCAAGACGACAGGCAUCGAACCUAAUCUUACUUAUGAAAAAAUGUCAAAAUCCAAGCAUAAUGGGGCCGACUUCAAUGAAUGCAUUUCAAAGCAUGGUCCGGAUGCCACUAGAGCUCACAUUCUAUUCCAAGCGCCUAUAGAAGACGUUUUGCUUUGGGAUGAGUCAAAGAUAGUUGGCGUUGAACGUUGGCUGUUCAAGAUUCUAGCUCUUGCAUCCACAAUCUCCAGCCGUGGAGAAUUCAAAGCAGAUUACAAGACUCCUGAAAAUCUGAAGCAGGAGGAGGUCAGAUUCCACAAUGAAGUCCAGAAGCUGCUGAAAUCUGUUAAUGACUCCUUUGAGGUUCACAUAUCUCUUAACACAGUAAUCUCAGACUAUAUGAAGUUCACUAAUGCUCUCGAAACAGCAACUAAGAAGGGAUUGGUAAGAGAUGAGAUCUUAAUGCAGAAUUUGCAAAAGCUAGUAGCUGUCGUUUAUCCUGUUGUGCCGUCUAUAGCAGAAGAGGCAGCAGAAAUAAUAAACCAAUCUCAGAGAUGGAACUGGAAUCAUUACCAAUGGCCUAAAUUGGAAAGAAAGACUGAAUCCAGUACCGUAAAUUUCCAAGUGGUUGUUAAUGGUAGAAUGAGAUUCAUAUAUCCUGCUGAAAGACAACUUUUAAAAGAAGAUAGAGAGACAAUAAUAUCAAGAUUGAUGACUUUACCAGAAGGUAGAAAGUAUCUCCUCAACCGAAAGGUUAAAAAGCUCAUCCUCAAAAACAAUAUCAUAAGUUUUAUCCUUUUUCAAUAG